AUGUCUGGCACCAAACGCAAGGUCGAUUCGGCCGACGACCGAAAUGGUAAACGUACCAAAACCAAGACGAAUAUCGCUCCCACUGCGGCCGGUACCAAAUCGACAUUUCAGAAAAAGGGCAUCACAGCGGGUGCUAGAAAAAUGAGCGGAGACAAGAAGCUUAGUAAACAAGCUGAGAAAAAGAAGCCAUCCAAAAAAGGUCAAUACAAGAAGAAAUACGAGGAGGACGAAGAGGAAGAUGAUGAUGACAUGAAUUCAGACAUCUCUUCCGAUGAGUCCGAUGUAUCAAUGGAUGAUGAUGUUGAUGACAGUGAACCUGUUGAGGAAGAAGAAGCCGAGGAGGAAGAGGAAGAGGAAACAGAGAACUCAAACGGCGAUGUUAAUGCUGAUAACAAGAGCUCAUCUCGCGAAAGCCAUGCCAAGCAAAAAGCUUUAGCACAGGAACGUAAGGCUGCGAAGCCCAACGCCGAUAUCAUCGCACGAUCUAAGAAAUUGUGGGAGCGCCUGCGCCGUAAAUCCCACGUGCCUAGGGACGAGCGUAAAAAGCUCGUUGCUGAGCUCUUCGAGAUCAUCACCGGCAGAGUCGAUGAUUUUGUUUUCAAACACGAUUCAGUUCGCGUCAUUCAAACCGCAUUGAAAUAUGCCAGCCUUGAACAACGAAAGAUGAUCGUUCGCGAGCUUCAGGGACAUUAUAAGGAUCUUGCUGAAAGUCGUUAUGCGAAAUUCUUACUUGGUAAAAUGUUGGUUCACGGAGAUGCCGAUAUUCGGGACAUGAUUGUCCCCGAGUUCUAUGGACAUGUGAAGCGUCUCAUAAGACAUCCUGAGGCAUCCUGGAUCAUGGACGAUAUCUACAGGACCGUGGCUACCAAGCAACAAAAGGCGAUCAUGCUACGUGAAUGGUAUGGCCCGGAGUAUGCAAUCUUCCGGGACAAUAACGAAACAUCAGUGACUGCAGAAUUGUCCACAAUUCUCUCAGAAAGCCCCGAGAAGAGACCUCCUAUUAUGCGUAACCUUUUUGAACUCAUCAAUCAGCUUGUACAGAAGAAAACCACUGGUUUCACCAUGUUGCACGACGCUAUGCUUCAGUAUUUCUUGAACACGAAGCCAGGAAGCUCCGAGGCAAAUGAGUUCAUUGAGCUAAUCAAGGGUGAUGAGGAAGGUGAUCUUGCUAAGAACAUGGCUUUCACCAAGUCGGGUGCAAGACUAAUGUGUCUUUGCCUCGCUUACUCGUCUGCCAAAGACCGCAAGCUGCUCCUUCGAUUUUAUCGAGACACCAUUAAGAUGAUGGCCGGAGAUGUCAACGGCCAUUUGGUCAUCUUGGCUGCAUAUGGAGUUAUUGAUGAUACCAAGCUCUCUUCCAAAUCUAUCUUCCCCGAGCUUCUCAACCAAGAGACGGAAGAGACUGCACGCCACGAGGAAUUGCUUCUCCAGAUUAAUGAUAUCAUCGCUCGGGUUCCAGUACUGUAUCCGUUUGUCGGUGACAAGGUCAAAUGGUUACUUCCUGCCGGCGAUGAGGACAUUCUGAAUGAGAUCUUCGAAAUCCGCAAGGAGACAUCUAAGAAGGAACCAUCUAUUCGCCGUCAAGAACUCGUCCAAGCUGCAAGCCCAAGUCUGUUGGAAUUUAUCGCGGCACGUGCAGAGUCAUUGAUGGAGACCAGCUUUGGAUGCCAAUUUUUGUCUGAAGUACUAUUUUCUGCGGAUGGCGACAAGUCUGCAGCUCUCAACGCUGUUGCCGUUGCCGCCAAAUCUAAGAUUGAGGCCCAGGACUCACCCUUUGUCGGAAGGAUGCUUAAAUCUCUUGUUCAGGGUGGCCGCUAUAACAAUGCGGAAAAGAAAAUUGAAAAGGUUGACCCAGCACUGAAUUUCGAUACUUUGCUCUAUGAUAAUAUCAAGGACGACAUCUUGGCAUGGGCUACUGGCCCACAGACCUUCGUCAUCGUGGCUCUGGCAGAGUCCGAGGACUUUGCUCAGAAGAGUGAGCUUCUGAAGACUUUGAAGAAGAAUAAGAAGGCAUUGGAAAAAGUGGCGGCUGGACCGAAAGAUUCAUCUGACAAGACAAAGAAGGCUGGGCCCAGCAGCAGUGGUGCUAAGCUACUAUUGAGCAAGAUUUGA